GAGAGAGCCGUGAGCGCUGCAUAUAAUACGUUGGAAGGCCAUUGGAGGAUCAUGGAGAGAUCUUCAAUGAGUCACCUUAUCAUCUUGCUCACGCGAUGGUGAUUCUUCCGUCCGUCGUCUUUAUCUCCCUCUUCUUCUCUCUCGUGGCGCGUGCGCCCGUCCGCACAUCGUGGAGUGCAUCCCCUCCCCUCCCUCCUGGAUGGCGUGAUCCUAGGCGGCUGAAGCUCCUGCGACGGUUUGCCGCCUUCUUUGUGGAUGAUCGUUAUUUUUUUCCAGAAUCUGAUGACGGCUUGUGGCUUCAAGCUGAUGAAGGCUUGAAUCGAGGCGACAACAUCCUUCCCUACACCGAAAUGGAGGAGCUGGAGCGGUGCGAUUCGUGUCAGGAGGAUGCGGCGGCCCUGUUCGAGUGGUCUCAUGAGUCUGGAUUGGUUGACGACGACUCCAUCUUCACCUUUGAGACCAACCUGUGCGUCGUGCCGUUCAUCACGUGUGUGCGGCUGACAGAGGUGCUGGCGGAUGGCGGCCCACGAGAGGGAUAUAUGGUUGUUCUGACGCCAGAUGACAAUUUCAUGGCGCUAUCGGAUGUGCCGCAGAUCCUGUGGCGGCGAGGUCAGAAGCCUUUGGUCUUCUCGCCGUCGUUUUAUCGGCUCCGGCACAUGGCAUGUUUUCUUGCCCAUAAUAUGCCCAUGCAGGGGAGUCUGGGUGAUGACAUCGCCAAACUGACCUCUCUACGUGUCAUCUACAUGUUGGGAGCAGAGGUGAGCUCAUUCUAGUGAGCACAUUCAUUACUUAUCCACACACAUGUUCGUGUGUACGCUUUUUUCAGAACAGCACCACCAUGGAUAAGUUGGAAGGCCCGCUUCCCGCUACUAUCGGCGAGCUCCCCUAUCUGAAGGGCCUGUACAUGAUAUUGAUGCCCUCGAUGAGUGGUGUCAUCCCGCCCUCUCUCUUCAGUCUAUCGCGCCUCGAGGCUCUCCAACUCUCGAACACAGGCCUCUCAGUGUCCAUCCCUGGAUACAUCGGCCGAUUCCAGCGCCUACGAGUGCUAGUAAUAAAUUCCAACAACCGAUGGGAGCAAGGCUUUCCAGUUAGUGUGAUGUCUUGCCGCAAUCUGACCAGACUGUCACUCCGUGGCCACGCUCUCGUUGGCCCGCUGCCUGACAACCUGGGCGCCCUUUCUCGAUUGGACUGGCUGGAUCUGAGCGACAAUAAGCUGAGUGGGGAACUGCCUUAG